AUGGACUUCAAACCACAAAAUAUGGUAUAUGUUUCUGUUGAUACAAACAAGAAUCAAAAAGAGCAGCGUUUGAAGGCUGUUGAUGUUUCUCGUGAAACUAGCUAUGUUCAAGAAGAAAAACAUUUGAAAGCUAUUGACUUUGGCGGGAGCAUGCUUCUAAAUCCAACAAUGUGGAACAAUAAAAGUAGCGCUAAAUCAAAUAUAAGUAAUUUAACAAAGUUCGCGCGCUCAUUUUCUCUUCCGGCUAAUUUUGAUGGUAAAACUAAUCUUGCAAAAAGUCAAUCAAACAAUAAAACGAAUAUUGUUGAAAAGAUGAUAGGUACUCGUCGAUAUUUGCCGCCGGAGCUUGAUACAAACUUCCGGAUUGAACAAGCCAAAUUGCUGCCAAGUCAAUCCAAUUCAAAAACUCGAAACGUAUUCUUAGAAAUCAUUUUUCCGAUAAUUUAUUUAAAAUCAUGUAGGCAUCAGCAUCAACCAAAUCUGACGUUUGGAUGUUUGGCAUGA